CGCUGCAGAGGCGGCGGCGGUAGCAGCGGCCUGAAGAUCCCUGCGGGGAGAUCGGGCGGCGGCCGUGGUAGUUGUGGUGCUUUGGUGUGUCGCUGGGCAGUUGUGAUCGCGUGUCAAGAUGCCUGCGGUGUCGAAGGGCGAUGGGAUGCGGGGCCUGGCGGUCUUCAUCUCCGAUAUCCGGAACUGCAAAAGUAAAGAAGCAGAGAUAAAGAGGAUAAAUAAAGAAUUAGCCAACAUUCGAUCAAAAUUUAAAGGUGACAAGGCUCUGGAUGGUUACAGUAAGAAAAAAUAUGUCUGCAAACUGCUUUUCAUCUUUCUCCUGGGUCAUGAUAUUGACUUUGGUCACAUGGAAGCUGUAAACCUGCUCAGUUCUAAUAGAUACACAGAGAAACAAAUUGGAUAUCUCUUCAUCUCCGUACUAGUGAACUCUAACAGUGAGCUGAUCCGCUUAAUAAACAAUGCGAUCAAGAAUGAUCUGGCCAGCCGCAACCCCACCUUCAUGGGGCUUGCUCUGCACUGCAUUGCUAAUGUGGGGAGCCGGGAGAUGGCGGAAGCAUUUGCUGGAGAAAUUCCAAAAAUACUUGUAGCUGGAGAUACUAUGGACAGUGUGAAGCAGAGUGCUGCCUUAUGCUUGCUGCGUUUGUAUAGAACUUCUCCUGACCUUGUCCCAAUGGGAGACUGGACAUCUAGAGUGGUGCAUCUUCUCAAUGACCAGCACUUGGGUGUGGUUACUGCAGCUACAAGUCUGAUCACUACUUUGGCACAGAAGAACCCAGAAGAGUUUAAAACUUCAGUCUCAUUGGCAGUAUCUAGAUUAAGCAGAAUUGUAACUUCAGCAUCAACAGAUCUUCAGGACUAUACAUACUACUUUGUUCCUGCUCCUUGGUUGUCUGUGAAGCUUCUGAGACUGUUACAGUGCUAUCCACCACCAGAAGACCCUGCGGUACGUGGUCGUCUAACAGAAUGCCUGGAAACUAUUCUUAACAAAGCACAGGAGCCACCAAAGUCAAAAAAAGUACAACACUCAAAUGCAAAGAAUGCUGUCCUGUUUGAGGCAAUCAGCUUAAUUAUACAUCAUGACAGUGAGCCAAAUCUACUAGUUCGUGCCUGUAACCAGCUAGGUCAGUUCUUGCAGCACCGAGAAACUAAUUUGCGUUACCUAGCACUGGAAAGCAUGUGCACGCUUGCCAGCUCUGAAUUCUCACAUGAGGCUGUGAAAACACACAUAGAAACAGUUAUCAAUGCGUUGAAGACUGAAAGAGACGUAAGUGUACGACAAAGAGCUGUAGAUCUCCUGUACGCAAUGUGUGACCGAAGCAAUGCCCAACAGAUUGUGGCUGAAAUGCUGAAUUACUUGGAGACUGCUGAUUAUUCCAUUAGAGAAGAAAUUGUUCUCAAAGUUGCAAUUCUAGCUGAGAAGUAUGCAGUGGAUUAUACCUGGUAUGUGGAUACAAUCUUGAAUCUGAUUCGCAUUGCUGGUGACUAUGUCAGUGAAGAGGUGUGGUAUCGAGUUAUUCAGAUUGUCAUCAACAGGGAUGAUGUUCAAGGAUAUGCAGCAAAGACUGUUUUUGAGGCCCUUCAAGCUCCAGCAUGCCAUGAGAAUCUUGUAAAAGUAGGUGGCUACAUCUUGGGAGAAUUUGGAAAUCUGAUAGCAGGUGAUCCAAGAUCAAGUCCCCUCAUCCAGUUCAACUUGCUACAUUCCAAGUUUCAUCUAUGUAGUGUUCCUACCCGAGCUCUACUUCUGUCUACAUACAUCAAGUUUGUGAACCUGUUUCCAGAAAUCAAAACUACAAUUCAAGAUGUGUUGCGCAGUGACAGUCAGCUAAAGAAUGCUGAUGUUGAGCUGCAACAGAGAGCUGUUGAGUAUUUGAGGCUCAGUACUAUUGCCAGUACUGAUAUACUGGCUACAGUGCUGGAAGAAAUGCCUCCCUUUCCAGAAAGGGAAUCUUCUAUUUUGGCUAAACUCAAGAAGAAGAAAGGUCCAGGCACAGUUACUGACCUGGAAGAGAUAAAAAAGGAGAGGAGCUCUGAUAUGAAUGGAAGUGCCGAACCUGCCUCAGUCAAUGCCAGCGCUGUUUCUACUCCUUCUCCAUCUGCUGAUCUGCUGGGUCUGGGUGCUGCCCCUAUCACCAAUUCAGCUCCUCCACCAUCCUCUAGUGGUAGCCUGCUGGUAGAUGUAUUUUCAGAUUCAGCUUCUACGGUUGCACCUCUUGCUCCUGGUUCUGAUGACAACUUUGCAAGUCCUGACCUGGCUUCAUCUGAGGUAGUUUCUGAGGAACCAGCUGAUACUGUGCAUGAUGCUGAUGAGCAUUUUCACAAGUUUGUGUGUAAAAAUAAUGGAGUCUUAUUUGAAAAUCAGUUGCUGCAAAUUGGAUUGAAAUCUGAAUUUCGACAGAACCUGGGACGUAUGUUCAUAUUCUAUGGUAAUAAGACAUCAACACAAUUCUUGAAUUUUACUCCAACAGUAAUCUGCUCAGAUGACUUACAGUCAAGCCUGAAUCUUCAGACAAAACCUGUUGACCCCACAGUUGAUGGAGGUGCACAGGUUCAACAGGUUGUGAACAUCGAAUGUGUGUCAGACUUUAUGGAAGCUCCAAUCCUGAACAUUCAAUUCAGGUAUGGCGGAACAUUUCAAAAUCUUUCAGUAAAAUUACCCAUCACACUGAAUAAAUUUUUCCAGCCAACAGAGAUGUCUUCUCAAGACUUUUUCCAGCGCUGGAAGCAACUGAGCAAUCCAAAACAAGAAGUACAGAAUAUCUUUAAAGCAAAACACCCGAUGGAUGCAGAGAUCACAAAAGCAAAGAUAAUUGGCUUUGGAUCAGCCCUUCUUGAGGAGGUAGAUCCCAAUCCUGCUAACUUUGUUGGUGCUGGUAUCAUACAUACAAAAACGACUCAGAUUGGAUGCUUGCUUCGCCUUGAACCCAACCUCCAGGCACAGAUGUACAGGCUCACACUACGAACAAGUAAAGAAGCUGUAUCUCAGAGAUUAUGUGAAUUGCUGUCAGAACAGUUUUAAUAUUAACCAUGUCAGUUUGGGUUUUUCCAUUUACAUCACUGUCAUCAUACUGCAAAUAAAUGUCUUGUACAUCACUGUCUGAGUAAUGCGAUGUUAACAAGUACCAGCUCCCUGCCUUAAUAGGACUUGACCCUUGUUUGAAAUUAAGACUAUAAAAUGUGAAGAACAGGGAAGUGACUUUUUACAUUAAAAAUGGCUUUUAGUGUGUUACACAAAGGGUGUGAGGGCUGUCUUGUGGUCUCUUUUUUGUUUUUUUUUGUUCUUGGUUUGUUGGUGGUUGUUUUUGUUGUUGUUUUUUUGGGGUUUUUUUGUGUUUGUUUUUUUUUUUUUUUCAGAGGUCAGGCUUUUAGACUUGUUAAAGGGAAAUUUAUUUAGAUGCAGUACCCAAGGAUUUCAACUGGAAAUGGCUAGUAAUAUUCUGCUUAGUGCCUUUUAACAGGUACUCCCUCUGCUCUGAGCUGAAAUAAACCAAUAUAAUUUUGAAUUCAGAUGUUAAUGUAGAGUCAAAAUUCUGUCAAGUUGCACAUUGUCACAGAUCUUGUACUGAAUGGAAGGGCAGAAUCCAAAAUGUAUUUAAAUAUGAUUUAAGUAAGAAUUUAUGUUCAGUAUCACCAAUUUUCCUAUUUGCUAAAUACAACAGGACGAGACUUAAUCUUGUAAUCCUUUACAUCUUUGUGUUUUUUGAUCUCGUGAAAGUGGGUUGAACACAAAAGCUAUUGUUAAUCCUUCUGUUUAUUGCAAAUAAUGAGGUGAGCUUCUCUGGUAGGUGGUGAAUGAAUACAUGCGUGUUCAUUGUUAGUAAAACUGAAGUUAAAUACUCCAUUCCGUGUUUUUUCUGUUUCCCAUCAGACUUAGCAAGUGAUAGUCCUAAUGAUUUGAUAUAACUAACUGCAGAGUCUGGUAUUGUAUAAAAGUAGAAGUGGGAAAAAAUGGGCCCUGGAAGUGCUGUAAAUCCUGCACUUAGAUGAAAGAGUAAUUUUAAAUAUUUUUUUUCCCCAGUGUACAGUAAUGUUAAAACUCAAGAGAGUGAGUAACUGAUACCUGAGCAGUUUCUUGUCUGUCAGUGGUGGUAAAUAGAUCCAACAUGGUAUAAAGGCUUGUGUUAAAAUGGAGAGUAGAACGCCCAAAAGUGUUAAGCUUUUGUAGUGCUUUUUACAACCAGAGCCUUUGUAACUUGUUCCACAUCAGCAGCCUCUUUGCAGAAGUAAGUGGCAACAACUUUGGCUCACACUCUGAAAACCUGGAGAUGCAACAAAGGCUGCUGAAACAAAGCAGGUGAGGUAGUGCAGUUAGAAGCUGUUGGCAGCUGUCAGUGAGUACUAUAGGUCACAAUGAAGGAAGUCAGCUGCUGCUGACAUGAGAAUUGAACCUCAGAUCAAGGUUUUCUCAAGCUUACUUAAAGGAAGCCUGAGUCUGGUGUCUCACAAUACAUACAGCCAAGUAUGCCCGUGAAAUAAAGGUUUUGAGUGAUAGUGAUGAUACUGAAAAUACACUUAAAAGUUAUUUCAUGCUGACUGGUGCACAGCAGGGGACAGGAUUCUGCAUGAUUCAGUGUGCCUUUCAUUUUUUUUUUCCCCUCUGUUUUUGAGUUGAAUUAUGGAACUGGGUGAUUAUAGUUUGGUUUGGUUGAAGGCUAGUGAUGGUACUUGUGUGCAAGUGAAAAAUGAGGAAGAAAGGUUUGGGUGUGCUGUGUAGAUUUUGGAAGAUAGUUUUGUUUCAUAGCUAUCAGAAAUUGCUGGUAGCUAUGGAUGUUAAGACAGAAAACUUGGCUGUAGACCUGGUCUUUCUGCAAAAGUUCUCCUGAACAAUUGACCCUUUUAUGGACUAUUAAGUAGUUAAUCACGACUCCUUGAUCACAGACAUUGUCUUUGAAAAUCUUCAUGAGCAGUUCCUGCAGUCAGGUUGGGCAGUUGGCAAAAUACUAAUGGACUAGCUUAUGUUUUGUGCUUUGGAUGCCAUAUGGCUCUUUUAGUACUUUUAUCUUAACUCUGCUGUUGGCUGCGACAUUAAAAAUCCAGUGUGUUGAAAUAAAGGGAGUCUUGGCAAAUAUGGAGAGGAGCUUCUAUUUCAGUUGUUCCAAAUCCUGUUGUAUAUAUGUCCCUCUGAAAAUGUUGUGUGCCCUCAGGACACCUCAAGACACUGCACUACUUGUGUUAACUUUGCUUUGGUUCAAGCUGUGCUAAAAUAUGCAUUAAAAAUGUGGGAAGGAGGGGAGUAAGGGAACAUGUCUUUUUCAGUGGUGACUGUAUUAAGCUUAUCACUGUUCACGCUUUGUAUUAAAUGUCAGCUCAAAGAAACCAUGAGCAGAAAAGUGAACAAAUUAAGGACAAGUACUUGAUUGUUUUUUUUGUGAAUGAUGGUUAAUUUACCAAAGUGAUGUAUCCUGUCAAGCAGACAAAGUAAUUUCUGCAGUAAACAGUGUUAUUGUUUCUAAGUACAGUAUUUUCAGGCAUUGACAUGUGAAAAUAACUGAAUAGCAAAAUAGGUAGCCUAUGUUCAUUCUUGACCUACACUCCAGUAUGUAACAUUUAUGGUGAUUGUCUUAUUUGUAUAAAACAAAGUUCUGUCAAAUUAAGUGGAUAAUUUUCAUAUAGAAGACUAUAUAUUAGACUAUAUUCAUCAGAAGGAUGUAUUAAGAUUAAAUAAAAGAUUAGAACAGUAAUCAAA